GGAUCUCUGUCCAACACAUCUGUUGUACCACAAAAUUUCCGGUCCAUCAUCGGAUUACUAUCUCUCCAAAAAUCAGAACACGAACACUCGCAACCAUGUCUCAAUCGCACGCUUGCUGCACGGUCCCACCCGUUGUGACCUCAGGUUACAAGGAAAAGGGCGAGUUCAGCCAAGUCCAGGGAAUGAAGACGUACGGCACUGGUUCCAGCGACGCAACGACCGGGAUUCUGGUGAUCUACGACAUCUUCGGAUUCUUCCCUCAGACGCUCCAGGGAGCCGACAUCCUCGCGAACGGGGACAAGGAGCACAAAAAACAAGUCUUUAUUCCCGACUUUUUCGAUGGCGAGCCUGCGGACAUCUCGUGGUAUCCUCCAGACAACAAGGAGAAGGAAGAGAAGUUGGGCAAAUUCUUCUCGACCAAAGCCGCACCACCAAAGACGCUCGAGCGCAUCCCCAAGGUCAUUGAGGAGCUCAACAAGAAGAACCCGAACAUCAAGCAGUGGGGUAUCCUUGGAUACUGCUGGGGAGGAAAGAUCGUGAACCUCUCCUCGCAAGAGGGCACCCUCUUCAAGGCCGCUGCCGCCUGCCACCCAGCUAUGGUUGACAAGGCUGACGCUCCCGGGAUCACCAUCCCAUACGCCAUGCUCCCGAGCGGAGACGAGCCAAAGGAUGAUGUUGAGGCCUGGGCCAAGGAAGUCAAGGUCAAGAACAUUGUGGAGUGGUAUCCCAACCAGGUCCACGGCUUCAUGGCCGCGCGCGGAGACUUGAGCGACGACAAGGUGAAGGCGGAUUACGAGAAAGGCUAUCAGACGCUUCUCAACUUCUUCCACGAGAACUUGUCGUAAACUCUCGAAGAGUCUGGGCUGAUCUGUAGAGAUCCAAUAGCUCCACCAAGCUUUGAAUGGGAUGAAGACAGUCCAUCACGAGUAUGUGUCCAACAAAGAUAGUCGAACACAAUACCAAUGUUUCACCACC